GUCAGUGUCAAUUUCGAAAAUGUAUUAUUCUUUAAUAGCAGUGCUGUGAAAAGUUAUUAAUAAAUAUACUAAAUAUCCUCUUUUAUUUUAAAUUUUUCGUAUUAAAAAAUAAAAAUGUAUAGUGUUUCUUCACGUCUACUUAAAAUUCCUAUAGAGCUUUCUACAAUACGUUAUGUGGCGUCUGUUCAAACAACAUCCAAAAUGCUUUCUGUAACAUCAAAUGAAAAAUUAAACUUGCAGCAAAAUUAUAGCACAAAUAGCAACUAUGAUACUCACCGGGAAGGAUAUUCAUACAAAUAUUUAUGUUACUCCCUUUUAUUUGGUGCAGCAGCAUAUACAUCUUUUAAAUUUUGGUCACAAUAUAAGUUAUUGCCAGCUAUAAAUGCUGCUGAAGAAAUUGUAGAAUCCGAUUCAGACAGUGAAGUUGACACCAAGAAGAAGAGAUAUAGGAAAGAAAAGAUUGGUUUCCGAGACAGGAAGAUAAUUGAGUAUGAAAACCGUAUGCGUCAGUAUUCGACUCCUGAUAAGGUAUUUAGAUACUUUGCUACCCUACAAGCUCAGCAUCAUGACCAGCAUGAAAUUUUCAUGACUCCGGAUGAUUUCCUGCGCUCCAUGACUCCUGGUGUCAAACAGCCAGAUGGAUUGGGGUUGGACCAAUACAGGAGAUAUGAUCCAAAGAGUAUCAGUCAGCGGCUCAACCUCGAUUUAGACGAAGAUUCCAUUUUCUAUAAACUCGGCUCUUCGGGUCUCAUCACCUUCAGCGACUACAUAUUUCUUCUGACUGUAUUGUCAACAUCUCGUCGUCAUUUCGAGAUCGCGUUUCGUAUGUUUGACCUGAACGGUGACGGUGACGUGGACUGUGAGGAGUUCGAGAAGGUGGCCGCGCUCAUCCGUCAGCAGAGCAGCAUUGGUUCCCGUCACAGAGAUCAUGCUAAUACUGGCAACACUUUUAAGGGCAUAAACUCAGCGCUUACAACAUACUUCUUCGGCCCUCAUCUCAACCAGAAACUUACUAUAGAAAAGUUCUUAGAUUUUCAACACCAACUUCAGAAAGAAAUAUUGUCUCUUGAGUUCCAAAGAAAACAGCCCGAUGAAAACGGUCGCAUUACUGAAGCUGACUUCGCAGAACUCUUGUUGGCUUACGCAGGUUACCCCGCCAAAAAGAAGGCGCGAAUGUUGAAAAGGGUUAAGAAAACUUUCCGCGACCACGGAGUCGGUAUAACCAAGGACGACUAUCUGAAGUUCUUCCACUUCUUAAACAAUAUAAAUGACGUGGACACAGCGCUGACGUUCUACCACAUUGCCGGCGCGUCUAUAGACCAGCCGACGUUACGUCACGUGGCUCGUACCGUCGCCCAUGUGGAUCUGUCUCCCCAUGUUAUUAAUGUCGUCUUCACUAUCUUUGACGAGAACAUGGACGGUCAACUCAGCAACCGUGAAUUCGUGGCAGUCAUGAAGAACAGACUUCUUCGCGGCCUAGAGAAACCCAAGGACACAGGUUUUGUCAAACUUAUGUAUUCGCUGAUCAAAUGUGCGAGAGACACCAAACCGGCCAUUUUAGACUUUUAAAAAUGUUUUUUAAAUUAUAAUUUUCUUCGCUAAAGUAUUGUUAUAACGACGAUCAAAAUAUUUUAGUAAGUGUUAGUGUUGCUUGAUUUAAAUAUUAUAUUUUUUUAUUAUUAUUAUUUAUUCGCAGUAUAAUAUAUGGAUUAAGAUCUAUGGUGUAGGUUGGAAUUACACAAAAUUUAAAGUAAUUCCGAUUUUUAAACAUAAAGACACAUUGUUUUAAGGCUUAGAAUCCUCAGUCUUUUUUUAAGUCGACUUUUUAAAAAUAAGAUAUUUUCACCUAAAUCUAGGUGUACCCUUAAUGAAGUUUAAAAGAAAACUGCCUAUAUUAAAACUAAACUAUUUCUAUAAAAAUCCCACGCCACUAAAUCCACUCUGUUUGAGGUUGUUUUAAAAUAUUAGCCUUUAUCAAUUGAUUUAUUAUAAUGUUAUUGAUUUAUUAUAUGAAAAAUGGAACAAAGUUUUAACUGUUGGACGAACGUGCCUUUGCUCGGAUGUGCUUAGUCUUGCCAUAUCCUAUUAUUUUUAAAAGACACGUCGAGAAAAAGUAUUUUGGUUACCGCAUAUUUGUACAGUUGACAGCUGUCCGUAUUCAAGGCAAUUACGUUAUUUGUACUGAUUGACAGUAACCAGGAUUAAAACGGUCAGACUGUAACAUUGGGGGACAUGGUUUUGACAUGAUUGUAAAAUAGUUUUGGUCGAUUCUGACAGGUGUGCGUUCGCCAUAAUGGAUAAAUAAUCGAAUCUUCUGUCAAUAUUAGCGUGUAUGACUGUCAAACUGUAGUUAUUAUUUUGGCCGGCUUAACAUCAUAGUGGCUCUAUAACUUCUACAAGACAGAUGAAUGUACAUACAUUUAUUCAAAAGAUCUAGUAUGAGUAUUUGAUGUUAAGUUUACUUUAUUUUAGUUUAUUUUAAGCUCUCUAUUCUGGUCAUAAUCGUAUACUUUUUUAACGCAUUUUAUUAAAUAGCUAUGUAAUUUGACUGACCUUAUUUAAAUACUUGGUAAAAUUCUAUUGUGUUCAAUAAUGUUGUAUUAGUUUAAAAUAUAAUAUUUUGUUAUUAUAUAUUUUUGUUUUAAAUAGAAAAAUAUAUACUGUAAUAAGUAACUAUUUAAUAUGUUCAUUGAAAAUAGUUCUUAUUUCUUUAGUAGGUAAAUAUUAUGUAAUUAGUUAUAUUUCAUACUGGUAGAUAACUUUUGGGAUUGUUCGUUUUCCGCUUCAGUAUUUUAUUUUAUUGCUGCAUCUCAAUCAAAUAUAUCUAAAAAAUACAAAAAAUGCAUUUGACUGCUUUUAUUAACCAACAUACCAAAUGGUUUUACAGCUUUUUUUUAUUUAUCAUUGAAAUCUCAUAUUUUAAAAUUAAUAUCUCAUCAUUAAAAUCAAUAUCAAAUCUUAACUCUUUAUUCUCAAAGUGUAUUUAACUUUUAAAUAACUAAAUGAAAAGUUAUAAAAAUAGUAACAUUAAGUCUGUAUUAUCUCACAAUCUAUUAUCACAUGUUAAAAUCGAUUUAAGUAUUUCCUAUACUGUUAUGUGAUUUCUAAGAAUAAAAUCGUUUUCUAA